AUGCUCGACAAUGACACGCGAGGAUGGAUAAUGGCAGUGGUCAGCGGCAUUGCAUGCACGUUUGGCGCUUCGAUAAUCUGUGUUGACCUCAUUGUGCGCCUCUUUCCUGGGCACAAAAACUUCAAGAUCGAGGACAGCAAUGCGUUCCUUUCGACUGGACUGAGUCUCUCCUUCGGUGUCAUGAUAUUUUCCUCCUUGUUCAGCAUGUUGCCGUCAUCGAAGAAGUAUCUGAUCACCGGAGGCAUGACCCCGAGAGAUGCGACAUUGACCAUGAUUGGCUUCUUCCUGCUUGGUGCAUUCGGCAUUUCUAUCCUUUCAGACAUCUUGCAUCGCUACAUACCGCACUCCGUCGUCGAUUGCGAUCACGAGCACGGUGACGAGGGCAAAGUCGAGGAUGAAGAGGCAGCGCACUCGCACAAGCCCAUGCAAGAGCAAAACAGUGGAUUGCUGCAGCCCGACGCUGGACACGAGGAGCACUCCUACGGCACUAACAGUGACAACUCCAAGUUGCCCCGUCGACCGUCAUUACACACGGCCAUCUCGACCAAGGUCUCACAACUAGUCACCGGCCAGAAGAAAGCACUCUGCGACGAGGAUGGGCAGUGCUACGGCUACUCAGAUGCAUGCGGGGCAGAAUGCUUCAAGAAUGUACAGCAGCGGCCUCCCCGUCUGUAUGCCUCCAAGUCAAGCCAGCAUCUAAACCCAGCACGCCCCUCCGCAGCCAACAGACACCAGACCACUCAAGGUCCGCACGCCCACGACCGCCAGCUUCUUACUCUCGAGGAUGUCGACGAGACAACACCACUCAUGCCCACGCGCUCCGGACCUGCCAUGAUGGACAGCUCGACCGCCAGCCUGCCUACCACGAACAACACACGCCCGCGCAGCCUCGCGCAAAAACACAGCCAGACGUCGCUCUCAUCCGCAUCCUCAAGCCACUCAGCCCACUCGCACGCCUCCCACGCCCCGCAACACCACCACCACGUCCCCACCAACGCCUUCCUCGCCAUCGGUCUCCAGACCAGCACCGCAAUCGCGCUGCACAAGAUCCCCGAAGGCUUCAUCACCUACGCGACCAACCACGCGAACCCAACCCUCGGCCUCUCCAUCUUCCUCGCGCUCUUCAUCCACAACAUAACCGAAGGCUUCGCGCUCGCCCUCCCCCUCUACCUCGCCAUCAACUCGCGCUGGCGCGCCAUGUUCUGGAGCGCCCUCCUCGGCGGCGUAUCGCAGCCGCUCGGCGCCGGCGUUGCAGCGCUGUGGUUCAAAGUGGCAGGCCGCGGCAAGAGCGACGGCAUGGGCGAGCCCGGCGAGAAAGUUUACGGCUGCAUGUUCGCCGUGACCGCAGGCAUCAUGGCCAUGGUGUCGCUGCAGUUGCUCGGCGAGUCGCUCGACUUGACGCAUAGUCGGAAACUGUGCUUCGUCAGCGCGUUCGCCGGCAUGGGCAUCCUGGGGCUAAGCAGUGCGCUUACAGCGUAG